AUGGAGAAUGUAUGUGAGAAUGAGAGUGAAGAUGAGAUUGAGAGGGAAGAUGAGAUGGGAGGAGGAAAAAACGACGUUUCCCGAAUUGGCCGAUUUGGAUCGACAAAAUCCAUCAAACAUUUAUCACGUACUGCAAUUUCACAUGCGACUGUGCUUUCAUCCCGUACCACGUUUCCGAUAAGCACAGCUGCGUCGUUAGAGCACCUCCGCCUUAAAGGGCAAGGACAAGGCAAAUGCAAGCCGAUAAUUUUUUUAUUCAUUGCUGACGUCAUCGAUACUGUCAAGAAACCCAAGCAACAGCCCAAGCAAGAUUUGCUUCGGGCCUGCCCAGGCUUGUGGAGCCCACCAGCUAUCCGGUCUUGCUUUUGCGCGCUGGAGACAAUUGUUGGGCCUAAGCCCCCUCCUGCCCAGGCAAAAGAGGAGCGCUGGAAGUGCCCUUGGUACAAUCAUUCUAGCCAAGACACAAAAGACUACUGCCAAUGA